UCAAUAGUUUGGGGUUGAGAAAAACUCCCAAAAUUGUCAUCCGCAGGCAAAAAGCUAUAAAUUGGGCUUCGCCACCGUAACUAAAGCCUUCUUCUUCUUCAAUUGGUAAUUUUGGUAUCUGAGUUUCCAAACUUAUCAAAUCAUCCAUGGCUGAAUGGUCUCAUCUCCCCAAGGAUCUCCUCUACCUCAUUUCCCAACGUCUCCAAAAUCCUUUCGACACCAUGCGUUUUCGAUCGGUCUGUUCCUCGUGGAGAUCUGUUGUCUCCCCUAAGCGCCAUACAUUACCUGUUCGAUUCCCAUUUCUUCCAAAUCACGGCAUAUCUGAUCCCACUUGGGGUUUCAAUCUCACCAAGCGCUCCGUUUUCCGUGUUGGGUCUCCCAUGGAUCACUCAGACGGCUGGUUGAUCAAGGUCGAAGAAGAUGCCUACGGAAUGAUUAAAAUAUCAAACCCCCUCUCUAAAUCUUACUUCAAGCCCUUGCCUAAAAAUUUCCCCAAGGUACUAAACUUGUUGAAUUUUCCGGUUUUAGAGCUUUGUCAGGAGUAUGUGCUGCACUACCUUAAUUUUUGGCCUGUGCGUCAUCGCCCUGGUGAUGCUGGCGAUUUGUAUAGGGAGAAGAUCGCUUACAAGUGUUUGAAUUAUGAUGGUAGUCAAUUCGUUUUAGUUACUAUUCAUGUUUCUGGAAAAUUGGCUAUGUUUAAAUCGGAGGAUGGGCAGUGGAGUACGAUUCAUCACACUGCAUUACCUUAUGAUGAUGUCAUAUUGUUUAACGGGGAGUUUUAUGCUGUUGAUAAUUCUGGGGCCACCUUCGUGGUGGAAUCUCAACAUAAGGUGACUUUGAUUGCUGAACCUGUAUUCGGUGGCGAUAAGAAGAUUUUGAUGGAAUGCAACGGAGAAUUAUUGUUGGUUGAUAUGUAUUUAACAGUAGACUCUGAAGAGGGCUUUGGUUUGGAUGGUGAACCUCCUGAAGGUGUUCUACAGGAAAAAACAGUUGGGUUUAAGGUAUUUAAGCUGCACCGUAAUGGAAGUAAGAAAUGGACUGUGGUCUGUGACUUGGGUAACACAAUGCUAUUCUUGGGUGAAAAUUGCUCGUUUUCUGCAUCCGCUUCAGGGGUAUCUGGUUGUAAAGGAAAUUGCAUAUUCUUUACUGAUGGUUUCCUCGGCCCAAAUGUGGAUGAAGAUGAUGUGUUUAAGGGUAGUGACAUUGCUAUAUUUGACUUGGAGUUUGGAACCAUAUCACCUUUAUCUGAUUCUCCUGUGUAUUCAAGGUUGUUCUGGCCACCGCCAAGUUGGAUCACAUCAACAUCACGAGGAAGCAGUAUUCAUUCUAAAGGAUUAAGAACAAAAGAAGAAGCUAGCGAACCAUAGAGGAAUUUGCGUGAAGACUAGGUAAGGAGGCUAAAUCAGUAGGCGAGAAAAGGUUCGCUAGAAGAGAAAAAUGGUAGUUUAAGUUGAUAUGACUUAACAUAGAAGUUCAGAAGAUUAGAUUUACUGCCUAAAUCUGCAUAUAUAAAGGACUCCAUCAUCAUUAAGAAAAGUAUCUGGGCCGAGUCUGAAUGGACCUAUGUCACAACCUGAAUGGCCAGACCUUAAAGAGUUGUGGGAAGGAGUAGGCUUUCCACCAUUUGUAAAGUCUUUAUUCAUCUUUUUCGGUUAGUCAACAAGUGGGAGCUUGAACUUACAGUGAAGAUCUCAUUUCUAUUGUCCCCUAACUUGUAUUAGCAUUUCUAUUCUUUCCAGUUUUGUAUAUUUCUUUGUAUUGUAUUCACCCAUAUUGUACAGUGGCCUAAGACCUACAUUCUUUAAUACAUUGCAUAUUUAUACUAGUUUCAAUCUUCCAUCUCUUUACUGUUCAUCCAUCUUUGUGUUAUUUGUAGUUCAAGUCUUAUGAUAAGUUUUCGAUAAGAAGGUUAGCUUAUAUUUCUUAUUGCGUUAGCUGAGUUAUUUUCAUCACUUGGCUAGUGUAUAUCGCCAACUACCCGAGAGGGCAAGUAGCAAGGAUAUGACUAACGUGCGAAAGGAGGAGUUUGGAGACAAACUCCACCUUGGCUAGAUAACUUCCAUCAUUUGUAUCCCGAAAGGAGAACAAGUGUAGGUAUUUGGCACCAAGAGGUUGUCACCCUUAAAUGCGAAGCUCUGUAAGUCUUGUAAGUGAAAUGUUCUAGAUAUAACUUCCUUAACGCAACUUGGCAUUUGGAUUCCGAGAGGUGAGCAGUGUGGCGUUUAAAGACUCCGAGAGGAGCUCGCCUUAAUCACAAGCAUGUUAACUAAGUUAUAUCGCAUCAAGGAUGUUUGAUUGCUUAAUCGCCUAGUAAUGCAUAAACUUUCCUUCACCUCUUCUUUUAUGCAGGUUAGUUCACAACUCCAUUUCGAGUCCAUCUUAAUUGUCCUUUACAGAUUCUCUAAUGUAGAUAAGUAGAUAGUUUAAACUUCCACUCUUUUAUACUGUAUAGUUUAUUCUUUUGUAUUGCCUAAGCAUCUGGUGAACCCUAUAAUUAAGUUUUGAUAUCAAUCCCCUUUGUUCGACUCUGGAUCACCUAGAUAAACCUAUUGUUUCGCUUAUACUUGAGCAAACAAUAGGAAAACUUGUACAUGACGAGGACUUAGAGGUAUGUGAUGAAUAGAGACAUGAGAACCAUUUGCAUGCAAUGAUCAUGUCUAAACAAAUAAUGAAGAGAUUCAUAAGGAGCAUUUUGUAUGCAAUGAUCUUGAACCAAUGACACAUUAGAUCAAGCUAUAGGAACAAUUGAGUGGGAUUGACUCCAUACAAGCGUCGACUCCACAACCAUAGUCUCAAGUCCGAUAACAAGCAUGUGGCCAGGCGGUAAGGUGAUAAGGCGCAUGUGUAAAGUUGUAAUUCGGAUUGUAAAGUGAUAAGGCGCAUUCUUUCAAUAUUCGGCCCUAUGAUUAAAACAUAUUUGAAAACUUAAAACAUGCAUUUUCUUUCAAUCAUCAUAAUCAUAAACAUACUUCUAAACAUAACAUGGAUUUUAGAAAUCAGCUUAAAACAAUGCUUUCCUUAAAUCAUAAGUUUGUAAAUACUUAAACAUUCAUGCCUUGCAAACUCAAUAGAAAUCAGUAAACUUAAAUACUUCAAACAAUAACUUAUAAAUCAUGCUUGGAAACUAUAUCAAAAAUCUAUUUAUUCAUUCACAAGCUAUUGCUCUUGUAGCUUGAAAUCAUGCUUAAUAAAUAGUUUUUUAAAUCAAAGUGUCACUCACAGCCUUGAGCUAGUUGCUUAACCCGUAAACUUGGCUUAUUUCCUCUUGGCCUAUUAAAUAAACCAAAAUCGAGUAUUAUAACCAUAAACAAUCUUUUCUUUCUAUAAUAACUUAAGAUGACGCACAAAUCAAUGUGCUCAUGAAUUCUAGACUUAACAAAUAAAAUCAUGAUUCUUACUUUUCCCAGAAAUUUCUAAAUUCAACACCCUAACUUCAAACACUCAUAAUAUUCUCAGUACGUGACCAAAACUAAUAUAAUUCUAUUAAAUUCUUUAUUUUGGAAGCCUUUAUAACUUACUUGAAGAAGUGAAAAAUGAGAUUCUCACUAGAUGUGUCCAAACUUCUCUCGAAACAUGGCUACUCCAAAAUCCCAUUUUCUACAACCCCCUACUUUCCUCCUAAAUGUAACAUAUUUCUAGUCAUAAUCGGCUCAUGAGUUCUUCAUGAAAAUUAUAUCACAUUAUAUAAGCUUUCCAAUUGUACUAAAUAGAGCUUCUAAUUCCAUCUGUACACUCUAGGAUACUCGAAAAACCAAAGGCUUCUUGGAUUCAUGCAAAAACAUUUGUGAUGUGUUUUUUGCUUCAAAUAUCAUCCAUUUAACAUUAGAAUGUGCUCAAGCUUCCUUCAUGAAAAUUGUUAGAAAAUGGAUUGAAUUUCAAAUAAAUUAAAUCUCACAUUUUAAUUCCUCUUAUAUAGCUUAGACCGACUUAAAAAAAGUGAUGGUUUGUGUACACCAAGCUUCUACCAUGGCUACCUCUUUUUUCAAAUUUUUCUUCAUCUCGUUCAACCUCAAUUCAUAGCCCUUUCCCUUUUUCUUCUUGUUGGAAUUUGUGUCCUAAAACUCGUACUUUGUUAUUUGAUUCAAUAAAAUUUAUUAUUGAAUGCUAUAAUCUUAAAACCAAUAAAUUAAGGUCUCAAGGCUAUUUUACUGAGUUUGUCAAAUACACUUGAACUUUAUGUAUAGACAUAAACAUGGAUUAAGUUCAAGUUAAUAGCUCAAAUAAUCUAUAGUGUAUGAAUAAGGUUGGGCGCCUUAUUUUGGAUAAAAGGGAUGCGGCCUGCUCCGUAGUUAGUACAAACGAUGUAAUCCUGAAUCGUUCAUGUAGAGACAUGAGAGUGGGGACAUCCUAUGUAAAUGGUUUGCAUAAGACUAGAACUACGAAGUAGUCACUUUUAGUUAUAACACCGUAAACUAUAAACUGACUAUUUCAUUUAUGAUGACCUAGGUAACUUGAUCUUAAUCCUGACCUAACUAUGAACUUUUGUUCGUUCGGUAAUAUCCUUAGAUCUACAUAGAUGAGGGCAACUCAACAUCGCUGGCCUAAUAAGCCUCCCAUUUUAGGGGUAAGACCGAAUGGAUAGCUAGAGACAUAGGGUGCAAGAUAGAACUCACUCCUACCCACUUCUGGGAUAGUAGAUAGGUUUUUCCCUUAAGAACAGAAUCCAAGUCUUGAACAAGGGGCCCCACCUUCUCAUUGGCCCGAGAAGGAUUCUGGUUUGUACGUUGGAUCUUAAACAAAUUGUUCAAUAGUGGAUCAGUGAGUUUUAAGGAGCAAGAUGUAAUCUUGAGGGUAAAACGGUAUUUUAAUCCAGCCAAGAUUACGAACAACCUGUGAAGGAUCAACUUACUCAUCAUGGUUAUAUCAGGUGGACAGAAAUAUAUCUAUAGUGAGGGGAGUGCAACUAAGAGUCUUUAGUGGAAUGACUCUUUAGUUAACGAAUGUUGAUUAACCAGUUAACGAAUGUUGAUUAACCAGUUAAUCUCGAAUCGUUGGAGCCCAUGAUCUAUAGGUCCAUUAGGUUCCCCUACUAGUUCAUAUGAAUUCAACUAAGAACAAGUAUGUUGAAGUAAUUCGAAUUGUUCGAAUAAAGAUAAGAGAGAAACUGACAAAUAUAUAAGACAUAAGUCGGUAGAAAUAAACUUUAAGUUUUGUGUUUAAAUAUGACUUAAAUAAAUAUGAAUAUAGAUUCAUAUUUAAAAGCUUGAAAAGUUUAGAAACGGUCAAAGUUGUAAAAGUCAACAUGUUGACUUUUAACUUUAAACUUUCGGAUUUAUAUUAAAAAAUGAUUUGAAUUUUAGAAAAAUGAAUACGGAUUCAUACUCGGGAGGUUAGAAUUAGUCAAGACGAAAAAUUAGUAAAAAGUCAAAAGGUUGACUUUUGACUAAGAAAAGUCAAGUCAAAGUUUGACUUUGACUUAAGUUGGUCAAAUGACCAAAAUACCCCUUUGACUAAUUUCUUAAUUUAAAAUGUUAGUUGGCGAUGUGGUAGCCGAUUAUGAAUUAAAGGCCACUAAUUUCAUUAAAGAGUUAAUGAUUUGAUUAGGUGUGGAUUAUAUAUGAAAUAAUUUACAUGCAAAUUGCAUGUAUAUUUCAUAUAAAACUUCUCAUUACCAAAUGAGAAAAGGAUGAUGUUUUCUCUGGAAAAGAACACCAAAACGAUACGCUUCCUAUUUCUCUCUAUAUUUCACUUCACAAAAUCGAGUCCCACAACUCCGUUCUUGGUCCUAAGCAUAGUAGGUCAGCUUGGUGGUUGUCCUUGUUCGUGAUAUUCAGGCUGAGAAGGAAAAGAAUUCAAAGAGGAAGCUUAGAACUAUAAAAAAGGUAAGUUCUUCAUUUACCUUUUAGGCUCCUCGCUUAGGGACAUCGCAUAGCAUGUAAUUGUUGACUUUUAAAUCGUUUAGAUGCAUAUAGAGUAAAACAUGAUCUAUUUCUUCCGCUGCAGCAUGCCUCUAGUGUUUUUUCCAUCACUUCUUCCUUAGGUUCUCCAUCAAGCUCCCUCUGAAAUUUUGAAGAAAAAGAGAGAAAUCAAAGUAAACUUUUGCACCGAUUGAACUUAAUUUCCCUUGUCCUCUUUCUCUUCUCUUUUAUCAAUUUCCCUUUUCCAUUUAUUUUAACUUACUUGGACACACACAC